AUGGAGAUCCAACAUUUUACAUUCUAUAUAUUGACGAUCUUAGCGGCAUGUCUGUUGUGUGUUGAAGGGAUCGGUUUCAAUCUUGCCUCCAAUCAAAAGAAGUGCCUUCGUGAAGAGAUUCAUAAAGAUGUGCUUGUUACCGGCGAGUAUGAAGUUCAAGACAAUGGACAGAGAGUUGACCUAACCGUAACAGAUUUGAGAAGCCACACUUUGUACUCAAAGGAAAAUGCCAUUAAAGGUCGAUUUGCUUUUACCACUGACGAAUAUGACCAGUAUGAAAUUUGUUUUAUAUCCAAGGCAAUGGGAAUAGCUCCAGAAAGAGAGGUGUAUCUCAGUGUCAAGCAUGGGGUCGAAGCCAAAAACUACGAAGAUAUUGCUAAAGCUGAACAGUUAAAACCACUGGAAGUUGAACUGAGAAGAUUAGAAGACUUGUCCUUAUCCAUUGCUGAUGAUUUUGCGUACAUGAGGCAUCGCGAGGAAGAAAUGAGAAAUACCAAUGAGUCCACUCACUCUCGUGUAAUGUACUUCAGUAUAUUCUCCAUGUUUUGCCUUCUGGGACUGGCAACCUGGCAAGUUCUCUACCUGAGGAGAUAUUUUAAGGCGAAAAAGCUUAUAGAAUAA